AUGAAGCGGCAGAACGUGCGGACCUUGUCCCUGAUCAUCUGCACGUUCACGUACCUGCUGGUCGGGGCCGCAGUGUUCGAUGCCCUGGAGUCAGACUUCGAGAUGCGGGAGAAAGAACAGCUGGAGGCAGAGGAGAAGCGUCUCCAAGGGAAAUACAACAUUAGCGAGGACGACUACCGCAAACUGGAGACCAUCAUUAUGGAGGCCGAGCCCCACAGGGCCGGAGUUCAGUGGAAAUUUGCGGGAUCUUUUUACUUUGCCAUCACAGUCAUCACCACCAUAGGUUAUGGCCAUGCAGCUCCCGGCACAGACGCGGGGAAGGCCUUCUGCAUGUUCUAUGCCGUCCUGGGGAUACCCCUGACCCUGGUCAUGUUCCAGAGCCUGGGCGAGAGGAUGAACACCUUCGUCAAGUCCCUCCUGAAGCGCAUCAAGAAGUGCUGUGGUAUGCGCAUCACCGACGUUUCCAUGGAGAACAUGGUGACGGUGGGGUUCUUCUCCUGCAUCGGGACGCUGUGCAUCGGGGCGGCCGCCUUCUCCCACUACGAGGACUGGAGCUUCUUCCAGAGCUACUACUACUGCUUCAUCACACUGACUACCAUCGGUUUCGGGGACUUUGUGGCCCUGCAGAAGAACCGGGCCCUGCAGCGGAGGCCCCUGUACGUGGCCUUCAGCUUCAUGUACAUCCUGGUGGGCCUGACUGUCAUAGGAGCCUUCCUCAACCUGGUGGUGCUGAGGUUCCUGACCAUGAACAGUGAAGACGAGAGGCGGGACGCAGAGGAGAGGGCCUCGCUGGCGGGGAACAGAAACAGCAUGAUCAUCCACAUUCAGGAGGAGACGCUGGGGAGAGGAGGAGGUGCAGGGAGGAGGCGCAGGGAGACGCAGGGCCAGUUCUGCGCCGAGGUCAACGAUGUGCCAUCUGUCUGCUCCUGCAUGAACUACCACUCACAUGAGUUUGGUAGCUGUGGGGGAGAGAUGGGAUACUUUCACUCGGUGUCGUACCGCAUCGAGGAGAUCUCUCCCAGCACCCUAAAGAACAGCUUCUUCCCCUCGCCCAUUAGCUCAGUCUCCCCAGGCCUCCACAGCUUCACAGACAAUCGGCGACUAAUGAAGAGAAGGAAAUCUAUCUGA